UUAAUUUGCAGUGAGAUGUGAUCUGAAGCACGUUAUUGGGUCCAUAAAUUCACCGUUCUUUCACAUUCUCUGAUUCACUCUCCAACAACUUAACACACCCUUUUUGUCUUUUACCUUCCCUGAUCCGCAAGUUUCUGUCUUUAAGCAUCUUCAAGAAUGGAAGAAGAAGAUCAUCAUCAUCAAGAACAAGAACUGAUGAGGCACGUGUGCAAGUUCUGCAACAAGAGCUUCCCUAGUGGAAGAUCCUUAGGGGGUCACAUGAGGUCUCACGUGACCAACAACAACCAUGAAGCCGAAGAGAAAGAGAAGCUUUCAUCAUCUGAAGCUGGAACAAUCACUAACAACAGCAGUGGCUAUGGUUUGAGGGAGAAUCCCAAGAAGACAUGGAGGAUCAUUGCGGAUUCAUCAACUAAUAGUGAAGACAACAACAACAACAACAACAACAACAACAAUUCUUCUUCUUUUUCUUCUUUGUUGAUGUGUGACAAGCUUUGCAAAGAGUGUGGAAAAGGGUUCAGUUCUUGGAAGGCCUUGUUUGGCCACAUGAAACGCCAUUCCCACUCGUCUUCUGCUUCUGCCUCUGAUCAAGAUUCUUGUUGGACAACGAAGAAGCUUCUUGUAAUGGAUUCACAAUCUGAUAAUGAAGCCACUACUGCUGCUCCUCCAAGAAGGAGAACAAGGUCAAAGAGGAAAACAACAAGAAGGUAUAACAUUGCUUCUGCUUCGACGACUAGUUUCGCUGCGAAAACUUCUUGUUCUGUUUACUCUGAGGCUGAGGUUGAGGUUGAGAUUGAGCAGGAGCAAGAGGAGGUUGCUAUGAGCUUGAUGAUGCUUAGUAGAGAUGUUGGUAAUUGGUGGAGUGCUCGUGAUGGUGGUGUUCAUUCUCUUGCUGAGUCUUCUUCGGUUGUUAGGACUAGAAUUCAGGACAAGAAGAUGAUGAAGAUCAAUGCUUGUUCUGAGGUUGGAAGAGUAGGAAGAAGCGCAGAACUUUUGGAUUUGGAUUUGGAGGAUGAUGGAUUUGAACAUGGCAAGAAGUACAGUUCAAUCAAGGAGAAGAUUUCGGAUUGUUCGAAUUCGAAUUCGGCUAAUAAGAGGGGAAAGUUUGAGUGUACUACUUGCAAGAGGAUCUUCCAUUCUUAUCAAGCACUUGGAGGGCAUAGAGCAAGUCACAAGAAGAUUAAGGGAUGCUUUGGUUCAAACAAUGAUAACAGCAUUCAGAUUGAGAUUGAGAUUGAGACUGAACUCUCUCCUAACAACAAAAUUGAGAGUUUACAGAAUGAACAACUUGGUUUUGAUGAUUAUGAUGAUGAUGAUGAUGAUGAGGCUGAAGAAGAAGAUAACAAGACAGCAAAGAAGGUAAACAAAGUUCAUGAGUGUCCAAUUUGCUUGAAAGUUUUUGCUUCUGGACAAGCAUUGGGUGGACACAAGAGAUCUCACACUGCCAAAAUUGAGGAACAGGAAGAAGAACAAGUUCAAGAAAUUAGGGUUAGGGAUUUGCUGGAUCUGAAUGUUCCAGCAGCAGCGGCUACUACUACUGAAGAGGAUGAAACUAACAACAGUUUCAAUGCUGAUUCUAAUAAUAACAAGAGACAUUGGUGGGAAGAGGCACCACUGCUAGGACUUAUCUCUCUUAACUAAAUCUCUUAGUUACAUUCAAAAUUGUAUAGACAUAUAUGCUUUCAAUUUUCCAUUGAUUGAUUCUUUUCAUGUCUUCUUACUUCUUAGACACUUUAAGAGGUGUUUCUGAUAUCUUUAGAAUUUUCAGCUACUUUUUUUUUUGUACACUU